CCCCGCCCGCCCCUGCCCUUUCCCCGCUCGCCCCGCACCGCCCCUAGACCGCUGGAGCCCGCAGCCGGGUGCCGGACCGCCCCCGCCGCCGAGGCUUAUGCAGCCUUAGGCUCAAAAAGAUUUGGCUUUGGAAUGAGAAGGUGAAUCCCAGUUGUGCAUCAUUGGAGCUCUGGGACCUUGGUCAACUUCCUUGUCUGGAAAAUGGGGAGAAGAGCAUCUCAUUCAUAAGGCCAGCAGGAUGAACCCAGAUGGUUCCUGCUUAAAGACCAUUUGGUCACCCUCUUCUGCCUGCUGCCCCCUCUGACACUAAGCCCUCAUCACCAUGCAUUCCUUGGACGAGCCGCUCGACCUGAAGCUGAGCAUCACCAAGCUCCGGGUGGCGAGAGAGAAGAGGGAGAGGACACUGGGUGUGGUCCGGCACCGCACUCUGCACAGGGAGCUGGGCCUGGUGGAUGAUAGCCCCACACCUGGCUCCCCAGGCUCCCCACCUUCAGGCUUCCUGCUGAACCCUAAGUUCCCUGAGAAGGUGGAUGGACGCUUUUCUGCAGCCCCUCUGGUAGACCUCAGCUUAUCACCGCCAUCUGGACUGGACUCCCCCAAUGGCAGCAGCUCACUGUCCCCUGAGCGUCAGGGCAAUGGGGACUUGCCUCCAUUGCCCACUGCCUCGGACUUCCAGCCACUACGCUAUUUGGAUGGCGUCCCUAGCUCCUUUCAGUUCUUCCUACCCUUGGGCUCUGGGGGUGCCUUGCACCUGCCUGCUUCUUCUUUCCUCAACCCCACCAAGGACAAGUGCCUCUCACCAGAGCUGCCCCUACCCAAGCAGCUGGUGUGUCGCUGGGCUAAGUGUAACCAGCUCUUCGAGCUCCUACAAGACCUGGUGGACCACGUCAAUGACUACCAUGUCAAGCCUGAGAAAGAUGCAGGCUACUGCUGCCAUUGGGAGGGCUGUGCCCGCCAUGGACGAGGCUUCAAUGCCAGGUACAAGAUGCUCAUCCACAUCCGCACACAUACCAAUGAGAAGCCACACCGCUGCCCAACCUGCAACAAGAGCUUCUCCCGCUUAGAGAACCUGAAGAUCCACAACCGGUCCCAUACAGGUGAGAAACCCUACAUCUGUCCCUAUGAGGGCUGCAACAAGCGCUACUCCAACUCAAGUGAUCGCUUCAAGCACACUCGCACCCACUAUGUGGACAAGCCCUACUACUGCAAGAUGCCAGGCUGCCAUAAGCGCUACACGGACCCCAGUUCACUGCGCAAGCACAUCAAAGCCCACGGACACUUUGUGUCUCAUGAGCAGCAGGAGCUCCUACAGCUGCGCCCACCCCCCAAACCACCAUUGCCUGCCCCUGACAGUGGCCCCUACGUCAGUGGGGCCCAGAUCAUUAUUCCUAACCCUGCUGCCCUCUUUGGAGGUCCCAGUCUACCUGGCCUGCCCUUGCCUCUGGCCCCAGGUCCCCUUGACCUCAGUGCCCUGGCCUGUGGCAAUGGUGGGAGUAGUGGAGGUGGAGGGAGUAUGGGCCCUGGGCUGCCAAGCCCUGUUCUGCCCCUCAAUCUGGCUAAGAACCCACUAUUGCCCUCCCCGUUUGGGGCUGGUGGACUGGGCUUGCCUGUGGUCUCCCUCCUCGCUGGCUCCGCUGGCGGCAAGGCUGAGGGGGAGAAGGGUCAUGGAUUGGUGCCUGCCCGGGCACUGGGUAUAGAGGGUCGCAAGACUCCCCUUGAAAGGACGGAGAGCAGUCGCUCCCGGCCAAGCCCUGAUGGACUCUCCCUGCUGCCGGGCACUGUUUUGGACCUGUCCACGGGCGUCAGUUCAGCAGCCAACAGCCCAGAGGCACUAACCCCUGGCUGGGUGGUCAUCCCACCAGGCUCCGUGCUGCUCAAACCAGCUGUGGUGAAUUGAGCCUGUCUGCCCAACUAUGCAGUGCAGCCAACAACUCCAGGCCCCUGCCCUGACAAACAGAAACCCCUCUGUGAAACAGCAAUAAUGUUCCACUACCCUGGGGCCUGGUGUUUUGUGCUCCCCAGGCAGCUGCAGCCUCAGAUGAGGUGGCAGCAGGGAUGGUGCUAGGAGGUCAGUGCUGGCCUUCCAGCUCUCAAGUGAGGACCUACCAUCCAAGGAGAGCCAUGCUUUUGGGUGCUGCUCAGGCCUCACUCACCUCUGGCCAUCUUGCCCCAUAGUUUCUGUGAGGCCCACUUCUGCCUGUCCUCCCCCCUCAAACCUUCUUGACCUCCUAUUCUGGUGCCUCCAUCUUGUGGCUGACUUGGGCAGGUCUCCUUUCCUCCCUGUAUUGCCCACUUGCCAGCUAGGGGCCAGCAGAGACUGCUGUCCAAGUCUCAGCAGUGGGGUGUGUAGGAUAGUAUCUACCCUGCCUGCUGGUGUCAGGCUCCUUUAAUGUGAGCCAUAAGGAGGAGUCCCCAAGGAUCAGAGGUCUCACCCCCAUCUAGGCUCACCUAGCCCCAGCUCCAGGUUCUUGACUCCUUUCCCUCUAGCCCAGCCCUCUGGAGGGAGAGCAAGAUAGACGCAGGCCCAGCUAAGCCACAGGAAGAUGCCACAUUCUCCCUGCCUACCCCUAUGACAAAGUGCCUCCCUGACUACUAGAGAGGGAGGCCUGCUUGGUCAGCUGCCCCUACCCCUAUGCCCAGCCUAAAUCAGACAGCAAUGGCAGAGGUUGGCCACAUUAGAAAGAGAAGAGAUAGCUGACCAUUCAUCUGUCCCUGCCCCUGAAUCUCUUCCCUCUACCUUUUGGGCACACUGGAAGUAUGGGAAGCAGGUCCAAGGGAUCUAGCCCUCUGGCCCAGCCUGGGCUUUAGCUUCCUUAGCAUCUGAGGCUGCUGGGUAAGGAAUGUACAUAACCUGAGAAAUACACCCUGCAGGAGACUGACUGGGCCACCCCAGGCUGGGAGGUAGCUCCAGGUCUGGGGGUACCAAAUCAUACCAGGUAGGACCUAAAGAGAUUUCUAGAGGCUAUGGACUGAAGGUCCUGGGCUUACAGGAGGACAGGCCACCAAGGAUGCCUGCCUGGCCCCUCUACUGGAAAACAGCUGGCUAGAGGAAGGACCCUUACUUGUGACAGGAUUGCUUCCUGUAGUUUUCCCUAGCUGAGCUCUUCCUAGAGGCAGUCUCUCCUCCACUUCCAGCCAGCUGCCCUAUGACUUGUGCUAUUCAGAAUAGGGUCUAGCUGUUCCGCAGGGGUCAGAAUAAUUCAAGGACGCUGGAGAUGUGUGCUCCACAGGCCCACUACCCAAUCCCAGGAAUCUGGGCCCUGCAACAUACCACGCCUCUUGCUGUUUCCUUCUCUGCCAGCAGCUGGGAGCUCUGGCUUCUAAGAAAGCCCUGCCACUGACUGCAGAGUGAUCAACCCCUUUUACCUGUCAACUAGAACAAAAGAGCUUCCAGGUGGCAGUGAGGUCCUCAGUAUCCCUGAAGUUCCUCUGAGCAGCUCUGCUGACCCCACCCUUUGCUGGACUGCCCUUCUGUCCCAGAGGGGUCACCCUGAUCUGGCCUGCCUGGCUGAUGGGCCUAACAGCCCAAUCCUGACAGGGCCUGGCCACGUUAGCUCUGCCUCUUGAAGGGGCUGUGAGCAAAUAGGAAGGAGCUGGUCUCCUUUUCUUGGGCCCCAUCCAAGACCCAAGCAGUCCCCUAUCCCUGUCAGAGUCCCAGGCCUUAAGUCCCUGGUUAGGGGACCAUGGGUUUGGGACUCAAGCCCAGGAGCAGAGGAACAGGGCACUGGAAGGUGACAUUAGCUCAGCAUGUGAUUCUGUGAUAGACCAGGCUUGGAAGGGCCAGUGAACUUUUGUUGUUGUCAGUUUGUUGUUGCACAUUCCAGGAUAUCAGUAUUUUAACAGGUUCUAAGUGCCUUUCUAUUGUAGCUUAUGUUUUUCCUCCUCUUGGCUCCAUUGCUGUUAGCAUAGAGUUUAAAAAAAGAGAUAAGCUAAUGACUAUAACAAUAUAUUCCUCCAUGUGAGAGGAAGUUUAUAAAGAAACAAUAAAAGUAAGUUGCGAA